AUGCCGCGCUCUCCCCCACCCCAACCGCGGCCUCCCGGCCUUCCUCCCCCACUACGGCUCGCACCCCACCCCACCUCCAGUUCGGGCUCUCCCAGGCUUAAGAGCCUGCCGGAGAAAAGGCACCUAAAUCUAACACUACACCGAGAAGCAGAGCCUCCAUCUUGCGCUGCUCCGCGUUCUCCAUUUUGGGCCACCCAUGGGGGGGGGGGUCUCCGUAGAGGCCCCGAGGGAGAGUGGGGCGAGGGAAGGAAGAGAAAACCUUCAGCGAGGGUAGUCGAAAAGAAGAGUCCUGCGGUAGAAAGCCACUCUAGGAGUAGGAGAGACACAGCCUUCACUGAAUGGCCAGAUCUCCAUGGAAGCAAAAUCGAAACCUGUGUGAUGCUACGACUCCUCCUAUCAAGAGGUGAAGUCUAUUUCCUCUCCCCCUUGAAUCUGGGCUGACCGUGUAACUUGCGUUGACCAGUAAAAUGCAGCAAAAGUGACAUUCUGGGAUUUCUGAGCCUAGGCAGGCCUUAAGAGAACUAGCAGUUUCUGCUUUUGCUCUUGGAACCCAGUUGCCAUGGAAAAAAAGCCCAGGCUACUCUGCUGGAAAGAGGCUAUGUGGAGAGAGAGGCCAUGGGGGAAGAGAGACCACGUGGAGAGAGAGGACCAGGUGUGAGAGUGUCCCAGCUGAGCCCAGCCCCCAGAUGACCCACCUGCUGACUGCCACACAAGUGAGCCCGAGAGGACCAACAGAACUGCCCA